AUGUCGCGCGAAAGGCGCGCACGUAGCGUGCCUGGCGUCCGUCCGCUGGCGCUCAAUGUGUCCCAACACAACGUGGCCUUGCAAGUGCCAGAGAACGCGCCGGGAUGGGACACCGCGUCGGACCUUGAGCGCAGCACCAAGCUGGGGGACGGCGGGCCUGUGUCGUGCGAGGCGUCGUUUUCUCCCAUCUCACCGCUGCCGACGGCCCUGCCGACGGCGCACGAGGAAAAGUUCGGCGACGCGGCGCACAUCCUCGCACCGCGUGUGCCCCGCCGGAUCGUCAAGCGGACGCCGCGGCGCACGCUGCACCGGAUGUACGCAGGGACACCCACACAGGAUGUGCUGCUCCUGCUUAUCCCCGCCGUCGUGCUCGGUGUGCUCAGCGGAGGCCUGCCGGUCGCCAUGACGCACAUUAUCGGGCGUGCGUUUGCCGCGUUUGCCGCAUACGACCCACACGUUCCUACCGCACAGGCGGCCCUCUACGCCAAUGUGCGCACGGACGUCUACGUGCUCCUUGGACUCGCAGCCGGCACUCUGGUCCUGCGCAGUGCCGCGUCGGCGCUCUGGCUCUUGCUGGGCGAGCGAUGCGUACGUACGUGGCGUACGCGCCUGUUUCGGACACUGCUCGCCAAGGAAAUUUCCUGGUACGACCUGGGGAUGGGCCUGGGAGACAAAGGAGACGUCGGUGCAGCGGGGCUCAUGGCCCUAUUUCUCAAGGACACCGACGAACUGCGCACCGCCAUGGGGCUCCAGAUGGGGCACCUCGUCGUGCACAUCGCAGCGGCCUCGGCGAGCUUUGUGUACGCUAUGUACCGCCACUGGUCGCUGACGCUCGUCAUCUUUGCGUCCAUUCCUGUGCUGGCCGGCGUGACAAUUGCCGGCGAUGUGCUCGGCGUGCCGCUGCAGACGAAGGAGCGCGCACAGUCUGUCCAGCUUGCAGCGCUCGUCGAGACGUGCACCGCAGCGAUCCGCACGGUCAAGGCGUUCAACGCACAGGAUAUGCAGGCGAGUCUUUUGCGCUCGUGCAUCCUGCAGUGCCGUACGCUGUAUACGCGUAUGUGCUGCGUAUGGGGCGCACGGUACGGCAUCUGUGCAGCACUGAGCCUCUUGACGUUUGUCCAGGGCUUUGGGUACGGCAGCCACCUCGUGCGCUCCAACCUCACGGGGGCGGAUGUGGUGCUUGCGACGUUCCUGGCCAGUCUCGUGGCCAUGGGCCAGCUGCAGUCGAUCCUCAUGCGCCUGAGCUGGAUUGAGAAGGGCAAGAGCGCUGCCGUAUCGCUCGACACACUCAUGCACUCGGUGCCAGAAAGCGACGCGCAGCGCACCGACGCCGAGGACGAAAAGCACUACAAGACGCGUGCGGAUAUCGAGGCGCCGCACACUAUGCGUCGUACACUGAGCGCGUGCAGCGGCGAAAUGGCGCUCGAGCACGUAUGGAUGGCGUAUCCCACGCGACCCACCGUACCAGCCUUGCAAGGUGUCAGCAUGUACUUUGCCGCUGGCGAGCACACGUAUGUCGUCGGCCGCUCGGGUAGCGGCAAGUCGACCGUCGCACAGCUCCUCCUGCAGCUGCACGAGCCGCAGGCUGGCGUCGUGACGCUCGACACGGCCAAUGUGCAGACGCUCGACAAGGCCUGGUUUCGUGCCCAAGUGGCCGGCGUGGCGCAAGAGCCGCUUGUGCUGGAGCGCACGCUCUACGAGAACAUCUCGAUCGGCGUCAAAGGCGACGUACGCGCUGCUGUGUGUGCGGCGCGCCUCGACGACGUCCUGACCUUGCUGCCAGAAGGCCUCGACACGCUCCUUGGCCGGCGAGGCACGGACCUGAGCGGCGGCCAAAAGCAGCGCGUCGCCCUCGCACGGGCGCUGCUACGUGACCCGCCGGUGCUCAUUCUCGACGAAGCCGUGUCGGCGCUCGAUGCGGCGUGUGCCGCGCACGUCCACGCCGCGGUCCGCGCGUGGCGCCAAGGACGUACUACCAUUAUCAUUACGCACAAUGUUGCACAUAUUCAGCCGACCGACUUUUGCUAUGUCAUGGACAGCGGCCGCGUCGUUGAGGAAGGCUUUCUUGGUCGGCUCAUCGAGCAGAAAGGGUGGUUAUCGCGUGUCUACUUUGACCAUCUCGCGCAAGAUAUGCCCGUGUCGAUGAGUGGAGAGAGCCUCGCGUCCGAGGGACUGUCGAGCCUCGACUCGGCCAAGGUGCACCUCGGCAAACUCGACGGGCCGGUGCGCCAUGUAUCGGCGCGGCACAUUGUACAGCGUUCUCCCGAGAAGGCCGAGGAGGCGGCCAAGACCAACCUGCUCUUUGCGACGGCGCGGACGAUACUCGAAACGGUGCCCCACCGCACAUGCCUUGCUGCAGCGCUCGUCGUAUGCAUUGCAUCGGGUCUCACUGUGCCUGCGUUUGCGUACUGCCUCACGCAGGUCAUGAUGGUCAUUGCGCGCUCGAGCCAUGCGGCACUUGGGCCACUGGUUGGCGCAACGGCCGCCGUGGCCGUCGCCGACGGCGUCCUGAAAGGUACGCGCCUCGCCUCGAUGGAGGCGCUCACUGCGCGGUGGGUCGCCUCGCUGCGUAUGCGUGCCAUGGACAAGGUCCUUGUGCAGGACGCGCGAUGGUAUGACCAAGGCACGAAUGCGCCGAGCGCUCUGGCGACGAUCAUCGGCAAAGACGCAGAGGAUGCCGGCGCGUGUCUCGGGCAGAUGCUCGGCCAACUCAUUGCGCUCGCCGCACUGAUUUUCGGUACGCUCCUCUGGGCGCUUGUGCAAGGAUGGCAGCUCACGUUUUGUGCGCUUGCAAUGCUUCCUCUUGUCGGCGCUCUCUAUGCCGUGCAAGGGCGUAUGGCAUCCAAGACGGAGCUCGUUAGCAAGGUACAGCGCGAGCGGCUUGCGCACCUGUUCUUUGAUCAGGUAUCGGCGGUGCGCGCCGUGCGCGCCAUGGCGCUCGAGGACGCACUAUGUGCCGACGCCGAGCAUGCAAUCGACGCCGCGAGCGCUGCCGGGCGCUCUGCGGCGCUUGCGGCGGCGGCGGGUGCGGGCCUCGCCGAGGCGACGACGUAUGCGUCCGAGGCGCUGCUGUACGGUGUCGGUGCCGUGCUUCUUGCGAACCACACGUACGACCUGCACAAGUUCAUGAUGGUGCUCAACCCCGUCAUCUUUGCGGUCGGCUUCUCUGCGCAACUUGCCGCGUCGAUGCCGGCAGGAAGCAAGUGCAUGCACGCGCUUGCAUCCAUUGCACGGUUGGUACGUCUUGGCAGCGCGGCGUCGGAUGCCCAUGGCGACGCAACGCCGACGCUCGGUGGCCGCAUCACAUUCUCCGACGUAUGCUUUUCGUACCAAGGGACCAACGUGCUCGACCACCUCUCGUUCACCAUCGAGCCUGGGGAGCGCGUUGCGCUGGUCGGCCCCAGCGGUGCGGGCAAGUCGACUGUCGCCGCCCUCCUUCAGCGCCUGUACGAGCCGGACAAAGGUGCGGUGUAUGUGGACCAGUACUGGGCGCGCACGCUCCUUCCGUCCUGGCUGCGCUCGCACAUGGCUGUUGUGAGCCAGAUGCCUACGCUCUUCCCUGCCACGGUGCGUGCGAAUCUGGAGCUGGGCACGAAAGCGAGCGAGGCCGAGUGUGAGGCCGCGCUGCAGCGCGCCGGUGCUGCGUUUGUGCAUGCGCUUCCCGGCGGCCUCGACGCGUCGCUCGGCAAAGACGCGACGCACCUAUCUGGCGGCCAGGCGCAGCGCAUUGCCAUUGCCCGCGCACUCAUACGCACCCAAGCCAAGGUUUUGCUCCUGGACGAAUUCACCGCUGCGCUUGACCCCGCGACGCGCGCUGCAGUGGUGCCCGAGGUGCUGGCGCACCCCGCGUCGCCCACCGUGCUGCUGGUCACCCACGACGUGUCGCUUAUGCGGCAGUGUGAUCGGAUCCUGGUCCUGUCAUGUGGCCGCCUCGUCGAGCACGGCGCGCCGGAUGAGCUGCUGAAGGAUUCGACGAGUGUGCUGUCGCAGCUGUUGGCUGCCUUUUAA